AUGACAUUUUUAUCCUCCAAAACUCUCAUCCAAUUGCAUGCGCUAUUCAUGUUCAUCCUUGCUGUUUAUUUAAUCACGUCCCCCAGCUCCAUCACAGAGUCAGAUCUCAUCUUCAUAAUCGGCGAAGCAAUGCAAAUCGACCUCGACCCAGCAAUGUCAACCUCCCAAUUCCCCUUUUCAAUCUGCGCAAUCCUCCUAGUAAGCGAAGCCCUAAUCGACCUCAUCGUCGUCGGCAAACUACCCCAACUCGACUCCAUCCUCACCAACCUCCAACGCGAACAACGCCAAACCGAGGAUAGAGGAUUCUCGCGAAUCACUUUACAAAAACCGAAACAAACCAUAAAUUCAUGGACGAUACAAUUGGCGACGAUAUAUAAUGAAAUUUGGACUUUUAUUGCUGGUGCUCGGUUUGUUUUCUUUUUUGCGGUUUCGUUGUUCAUAUAUACGGGUGAUUCGUCUGGUGCUACUGGUAAGAAGUCGUGGGUGGGUCAGGGGCAAGUGAGGAACGGGUUGGAUCAGGUUAGGAAUCGGAUUGUGUUUACUUUUGCGUUUGUGGAGAUGAUGUUUUGGUUAUGGGCAUUAUCCAAUGUGCGCGAGGAGCGACGGGAGGUGGUUACCCGCCUAGCACAGCAACAAGCUGCCGAGAACGAACGGAAUCUCCAGUAA